UGAACUGAUAGCCAACCCGAGCUUCAUGAGACCCAGUUCCACCCUCCAAAGAGACGGGGAGGAUACUUGGAACUUUAUUCUCAUCUGGUGGACAGUACUGGGGCAUUGCCAGAGGCCCUGGUCCCACCCUCUGAAUUAGCUAGGUAUUGGCUCUCCCCAUUGUCCUGUGGGGAUAUGGAGGGGGUGAAGAGCAUGGACCCUGCUUCCAGAGGAUCCAGGUUCCGUUUCCAGCACCCACAUAGCAGCUCAGCUGUAUGACACCCUCACAUAGGCAUACAUGCAAACAGCACACCCAUAAAUUUUAAUCUUAAAAAAAGUUGGGGCAGGUCAGGUUGUCUUGACGGAGGCGGAAAUUAUUGGUUACUGCAGUCCCUCAGAAACUGGAGGUGUGGGGGAGAGAGCUCAGCACCCUGGAAUCCCCUGCAGACCACAGCAGACUGCACUCCUCUGAGGUCUGGGCCACCCUUGCCAUGGCUGCUUCCUCCCUGUCUCAGAACAGCUUGGUGCCCUGGCUCUUUUCCUCAGCAUCACACCACUGGCACGCAGUGAGACCCAACUCCACAGCCUGGACACCAAGAAGUGGAAAGGGCCAGGCCUAUGCCUAUGUCCACUGAGCCUCCGCUCUGGAUCUCUGCUCCCCACAUGACAGUGACGAGAUUGGGAGAACCCCUGUCCCCAGCUGAUCCCAGGGGGGCAAGUGUAAAGAAGUGGUGGAGCCUUUCUGCCCUGGCCUGGAGAGGAGCCUGCCUCCUACUGGCUGUGUCCAGGGAGCGCUGUACAGGAACCGCAGCUGUGGUGAACAGCCCUUGACGUGGCCGCUGCAGCUCCUCACUAGUUUCCCGGGGUUGUGCAGGACUAGGGUCUCUGGCAGCCUUCUAGAAGCUAGCAGGGAGGCACUCUCUGAGAGAGUUGGUGUGGGAAAAGGAACCCGAUGGUUUGCAUUAGGCUCCCACGCUGUGGCGCAUUAGUGCUGGACUCUGCAGCCAGAGCUCAGGCAGAUGGAGGAGGCCCCACUGUACAGGCAGGCCGCUGCGGCCCUCCUCCAGCCUGCACCACCCCAGGUACUACCUCACCCGCGUUUCCAUGUUAUCUGGUGAGCAAAGGGAACCCCAAGCAGUUUGGGGCUGUCUCCUUGCUUUCAGAAGUGAAGUUUGAACUGGAGUCACCCAGCUUCCGGGAGGGCAGUCUAAAGCACCGGCCUCUGUCCCAUGCUGGUGAGUGCUCCAGCCCUAUUCACCAAUAGAACUUUGAGGUUGCCUUGCCCCUCCAGGAAGUAGAGUGCACCUAUUCUCAGGGCUCACUCCAGGCCUCUCCUCCAGAUGGACACCUGCACCCCACCUCCUGACCACGCAUUUCUGCAACCAAUGACCAGGGUGUCCUGGAUUCCUCGGUCAGAGUUCAGACUCUGCUCUGGGACAGCUGAGGCCUGGGGAGUUGGGGUGGGCCAAGACCAUCACCCAAAGGGCCAGCAUCCUUCCUGUGGUUAGGGUGGCCACGACACCCAGAUUCCAGCCUCCUGGCACAGGGUUCUUCUGUCUGCACGCCUAGUCUCCCUGUGGGACCCUGUCCUUGUCCACCCAGUGGGUAGAUAACCUUUCCCUUCCCCCAUUGCAGGUCAGUGAAGCGAUCCAGAGUCAGAAGAGAAAUGGUGGUAACUGGCCUUUCUAGCUUUAGCCUAGAACCCGGGGAGCACAGUCGGGCAUCUUAUGCCUUCGUCCAGAUGCGGAGCUGCAAGCAGCUCGCUCUCCCAGCUACAGGGCAUGUCCUGUUCAGAUAGAGGAAGGGGCCUUCCUCUGUCCCCACCUGACUCAGCUUCCCCAGCUCAGGGGUAGCCAGCCCAGUGUCCUCGUGGGAGAGCCUUGCAUUCUUAGGGGACAGACCCUCAACUAUUUGAUGACACCUAUCUGGCUCUAAAGAGCGAGCCACAGCACCCUGCCCACCAUGAGGAAGGUAUAUACCCAGGGAGGCCGUGGGGAGUGGAGUGGAGAGAUCGGGCUGGGUGAGUGACUCGGCUCAACAGCGGCCGCUGGGUAGGGGUGCGGGGCGUCCGAAGGAGAGAGAGACCACGGUGGUAGCCCGUGGUCCCGCCCUGCCUCCGCUCAGCCUGGCAGCGUUCCUUCGCAGCCUCCUGCCAGCACAGCCAGCCCCCUGCCCCCACCGAGCCGGUGCCAGAGCAGCAUUCCGCAAGCCGGGCUGCAUCUCCCCAGCGGAGGCUGCGCGGAGAGGCCACUCGGCCGGGCCUGGGCCUCCGGCCUCCCACCCGGCUGUCCCGGGCAGGUCAUCUGAAAGGCUUUUCUCUCUGCGGCGGCGACUCGGAGGCCUUGGGCAGCCAAAGGCCACCAGUUGCUGGUUGAGAAGACUACAGACUCCCCGGCGGCAGAGUUCUCGCUGGUGGAGGACGUGGCCCUGCACUUCGCCUGCUUGAUGGGCCGCCUGAAUGAGCAGCGCCUCUUCCAGCCGGACCUGUGCGACGUGGACCUGGUGCUGGUGCCCCAGCGUAGCGUGUUCCCCGCGCACAAGGGGGUGCUGGCUGCCUACAGUCAGUUCUUCCAUUCGCUCUUCACGCAGAACAAGCAGCUGCAGCGGGUCGAGCUGUCUCUCGAGGCGCUGGCGCCCAGCGGCCUGCAGCAGAUCCUGAACUUCAUAUAUACGUCCAAGCUGCUGGUGAACGCGGCCAACGUGCACGAGGUACUCAGCGCGGCCUCGCUGCUGCAGAUGGCGGACAUCGCAGCCUCCUGCCAGGAGCUGCUGGAUGCUCGGUCCCUGGCGCCCUCGGGCCCUGUGGCCCUGGCGCAGCCAGCUGCCAGCUGUGCCCCAGUGCCUCCGCCGCCCUACUACUGUGACAUCAAGCAGGAGGCAGAUACCCCCGGCCUACCGAAGAUCUACGCCCGAGAAGGCCCUGACCCCUACUCUGUGCGUGUGGAGGACGGGGCAGGGACCACUGGGGACUCUGCUGCUCCAGGGCCAGCACAACCACUGCUCUUCAAGGAGGAAAAGGAAGGGACCCCUGAGGAGGCCCAGCCGCCUGGUAGCCUGUGCAAGCUAGAAAGUGGAGAGGGACUGGAGCGGGAAUUGGGUGCCUCGGGCACCUAUGGGCGCCAGGAGCAGUCUCAAAUCAUUGUGGAGGUGAACCUCAAUAACCAAACCCUGCAUGUGUCCACUGGGCCUGAGGGCAAACCGGGCUCUGGAGCCACCGUGGUGCUGGGCCAGGAGGAUGGGAUGCAGGAACAUUCAGAAGAAGAGGAGGAGGAAGGAGGAGGUAGUGGAGGGGGAGAGGAGGAGGAGGAAGAGGAGGAGGAAGAAGAGGGAGGCAGCCAGGGAGAGGAGGAAGAUGAGGAAGGGCCCAGUGAGCAGGAGGAUGACGACGAAGCCGAUGGACCCAGUGAGCAGGAUGCAGAGAGUUCGGAGGAGGAGGGGGAGACUGAGAGCAGGCAGGACCCUGCGGGUGCAGCAGGGUGUCAAGGUGGCCAGGUGGACCCUCCGCUGCACAGCAGAAUGUCCACACGGUCCCGGGGGCAAAACGCUCAGCGCCGAGCUACCCCCGAGCCGGAGGAGGCUGGGCGCAGAGGCGGGAAGAAGCCCAAGGCCUCGGGAGCUGUUCCUGCCACCCAGGCAGCCGACGGACUGGGGGCCAAGGUGAAGCUGGAGGAGAAACAGCAGCACCCAUGCCAGAAGUGCCCCCGGGUCUUCAACAACCGCUGGUACCUGGAGAAGCACAUGAACGUGACGCACAGUCGCAUGCAGAUCUGCGGCCAGUGCGGGAAACGCUUCCUGCUGGAGAGUGAGCUGCAGCUGCAUCGGCAGACGGACUGCGAGCGCAACAUCCAGUGCGUAACGUGUGGCAAAGCCUUCAAGAAGCUCUGGUCCCUGCACGAGCACAACAAGAUCGUGCAUGGCUACGCGGAGAAGAAGUUCUCCUGCGAGAUCUGCGAGAAGAAGUUCUACACCAUGGCACAUGUGCGCAAACACAUGGUUGCCCACACCAAGGACAUGCCCUUCACCUGUGAGACCUGCGGGAAGUCCUUCAAGCGCAGUAUGUCUCUCAAGGUGCACUCGCUGCAGCAUUCCGGGGAGAAGCCUUUCCGCUGUGAGAACUGCAAUGAACGCUUCCAGUACAAGUACCAGCUGCGCUCACACAUGAGCAUCCACAUCGGUCACAAGCAGUUCAUGUGCCAGUGGUGCGGCAAGGACUUCAACAUGAAGCAGUACUUUGAUGAGCACAUGAAGACACACACAGGGGAGAAGCCAUACAUCUGUGAGAUCUGUGGCAAGAGCUUCACCAGCCGGCCCAACAUGAAGCGGCACCGGCGAACGCACACGGGAGAGAAGCCCUACCCGUGCGACGUGUGUGGCCAGCGCUUCCGCUUCUCCAACAUGCUGAAGGCACACAAGGAGAAAUGUUUCCGUGUCAGCCACCCACUGCCCAGCGACCCCGCCACCCUGCCCACCGCACACCUGCAGCCCACAGCCCCCCUCUUCCCCACUGCAGCUCCCAGGCUGGACACCAACUGACACCCAGCACAGGCCCUCCUGGCCAGGGACAGCAGAAACACAGGCUGGGGGCUGUGCUGCGGCUGGAUACCCCUGGUGCAUGCUGGGAGCCCCCUUCUGCAGCUCUUUGCAAGUUCUACUCUCCUUAUCUUUGGGAGUAAAGGAACAGAGGGGGACUGGUUGGCCACACCCCUCCAGGUGAGGGGUGCUAGCGGCAGCAGAUGCAGGCCAGGAGCCAGGCAGGGCCUGGGUCAGCCUCACCUGCUCAACCCAGCUUCCCUGUGCCCCUAACUUACUCCCUAGGAUGGGAGGGUUUGGGGAGAAUUUGGGUGUACCCCUGUUGAAGGAGUCGUAGACCAGACCCCCCCCCCAGGAGGCCUGUAGCCAGGGAGGCCUGGCAGGGUAGGGAAGAGGCAGGAGAUAAAGGCCGCAGACCCCCUCUGUGUGGUGGAGUGGGGCAGGUGGGGGCUGGCCCCCAUGGAUUCCUUUUCCUGGUCACAUCCCUGCCAGGCAGGUUCAGGGAUCCUCAGCCUGUGCUGGACUUUUAAAGAGCCCCAAAUCCUGGAAGGAACCUCUCCAGGUGCUGGGGACCAAGCCUUCAGGGGGUGGAGAAGCUAAAUCCCCAGCCCCAGCUUCCAGGGGUCCUGCAGGAGAAUGAGAUGCCAGGGGUGGGCCCUCCAGGAGCCUCAGGCAAGCAGUUCAGGGUUUCACGGUGCUAUCUGUGGGUCAAGGGACAGGGAGCUGUCUACAGGGCACCCCUGUCCCUUACCAGCCUGCCUGGCUGGAAUCUCCCACCAGGAGACACGUGCAUCUGUGUCUGCUCCCCAGAGGUCCACAUGAGGCCUCUCUUCUCCUGGGGCCUCUGGCUGGCUCCUGGUCCCUCCUGCACUCCGCACUGUCUGGUGUGCCGCAGUUCAGCCAGGGAGAGAAGCCAGUGGGAGCAGGGAGCUCAGCCAGUGCCCAGUGCUUGCCCUUGUGAGGCAGGCACUAAUAGGUGACCCUUCUCUGUUGUCAUUUAAUGUCCUUAUUCCUGCGUUUGGAUGGGAGAGAGUUUCCAUAAGCUGCGGUCCCUCGUCCCGAUCUCCCUCUGUUCAUAAGCUUCUGUUCCUUACACUCUGCACCUUAUUCCUCCCCGUCACCGCCUUCCCAGCAUGGUUGCACUGGGAAGAGGCCUGUGCCCGCCGGUCACCGGCGGAGGGUGCCACACCCCUCCGACCUCAGAGGCCCAUGGCGUUGGGACAGAGGGCUGGGGACAUUUUAAUCAUCAAUAAACGAAGCACUUUAUUCUGUA